AUGGUGCCGUGUGAUAUGGAAUAUCACUUUGGUCAGUUGGGGUCAACAGUCCUGGCUGUAUCCCCUCCCAAUUUCUUGUGCAUCCCCAACAUCCUUACUCGUAGAGUCUUAGGAGCAGUAGAAAAGGCCUUCAUGCUGUGUAAGCCCUGCUCAGCACAAAAUGAGCUGAACUCCUUCCUGUGGACCAUCAAGAAAGAUCCCCCGUCCUAUUUCUUUGGCACCAUCCAUGUCCCGUACACGCGUGUCUGGGAUUUUGUCCCAGAGAACUCCAAAAAAGCCUUCCAGCAGAGCCACAUCGUGUACUUUGAGCUGGACCUCACUGACCCCUACACCAUCUCAGCUCUCACCAGCUGCCAGCUCCUGCCACAGGGGGAGAACCUCCAGGAUGUGCUGCCCCGUGACAUCUACCACCGACUCAAGCGGCACCUGGAGUAUGUCAAGCUCAUGAUGCCAUCCUGGAUUACCCCAGACCAGCGGGGCAAAGGGCUGUAUGCAGACUAUCUCUUCAAUGCCAUUGCUGGCAACUGGGAGAGGAAGAGGCCAGUCUGGGCAAUGCUGAUGGUGAACUCUCUGACAGAAGCAGACAUCAAGUCACGGGGUGUGCCCGUCCUGGAUCUGUACCUGGCCCAGGAAGCGGAGCGGCUGCGGAAGCAAACGGGUGCUGUGGAGAAAGUAGAAGAGCAGUGCCACCUGCUCAAUGGGCUGAACUUCUCCCAGGUGGUCUUUGCUUUGAAUCAGACUCUCUUGCAGCAGGAGAGACUCCGAGCAGGCAGUGUCCAGAUCCCCUAUACGACUGAAGACCUUAUCAAGCAUUACAACUGUGGGGACCUCAGCUCCAUCAUCUUCAACCAUGACACUUCUCAAGUCCCAAAUUUCGUUAAUGCUACACUUCCAGCCCGUGAACACAUUACUGCACAAGAGACAGACAGCUACUUCCGUCAGGAGCUCAUCUACAAGCGAAACGAGCGAAUGGGCAGGAGGGUGAAGGACCUGCUGGAAGAGCACCCAGAAAAGAGUUUCUUCUUUGCAUUUGGAGCUGGUCACUUCAUGGGCAACAACACAGUGAUUGAUGUUUUGAGGAGAGAAGGGUACGAGGUAGAACACACUCCAGCUGGACAAGCCAUCAACAACCAAAAAUCUCCCAAAACCUUGUUAGCCUUUUCAUCAUCACACAGUCCCUAUGCCACGUCCCAGGAGCUCCCACUGCCAUUGCACCCCCAGAAGGAGGAGGAGGAGAAGGAAGAGUUCCUGCCUCACCUGCUACUGCCUGACAGCAUCGAUGUGCUGGAUAAGGUAGACAGGAAGUACAAAAAGAAGAAGAAGAAGCAGCAACAGAAGAAACGCAGAUUGCGACAGUUUAACGACCUCUGGGUUCGCCUGGAAGAAAGUGCUACCGACCAUCCUCCCCGGAUCCGCAUCAUUAAUGGCUACAUCACGGUGGAAUCCCAGCCCCGGGGCCACGGGCGGUCCAGCCACACCCGCACAGACACCAGCAGUGCUCACCAGCGUUCCCGUUCUCUCUUCCUUCCGCUGCUGGCUUUGACUUUGCACAUGAUAAUGCUGCACUGAAACACAGGGGGACCCAAGUUGCAGGGCUGUUGCCUUAAAAAUAAAUAAAUAAUAAAAAAAGAAACCUACGUGAAAAAAAUGAAAUAGAAGACUCUGGGUGGUUCACCCGUUCUUUGGGGUGUUCUUAAACUGCCUUCUUUUCCUGAGUCUGGAUGAUUAACACUAUUAACUGGUUUGACCUACCCAAUACAGGAGAAGAUAUUUUGAUGAAAGUGUUAUUUAUCCUUCUCUUGCAGAAGAAUGAUUUCAUGUUAUCCCAUAAUGCUUUGGGGAGAUUAUAAUGUUGCUAUAACAUAGCUGUUGUUUAGCUAUAUGAGCCCAACUAAAUUACAAUUUUUUCACCUUCAGUGCCUUGUAAGAAGAUUUACAUACCACUGACCUGUUUAUUAGAACAUAUUUUGGUCAUAUGAGCACAGCUGCGAAAGAGAGGUUGAUAUUUUAUGUCUCUACUUCGUAAUGUUUUUAUGUCUUGCUUGUUAGGGCUCCAGAUUACAUAUAAUGGUUCAUGACAACACCUUCUACAAUAGAAUAAAACAGUGAAGACUUGUGAACAGAA